CUCACACUGAAGGCAUGUGUCUUGUCCACUGCACCGUCACCACCCACUUGAAAUCAGUCUCUCACACAAUGGCCUCUUUACUUUGGCACUUUUAUUAUAAAUUCAAGCUCAUCACCUCAAUUGAUAAGUGAAUAAAUCGAAUGACUGUGUUUACUUAUUUAUAAGAGUAACUCUUGGAAAUGUUUUAGUUUUGGUAUGACGUCAGUCAGUCGUUUGAGAUCUGAUGACUAAGAUGUUGUGGUGUCACUGGUUGUGGGCUGGAGCUCAGAUAUAUAUAUAUACUUGCAAUGCAUACUGACAUUCAGUUUUAGUUCCUGUGUUUAGAUAUAGGACACUGAUUAAGAUACACUUAUGGCAAUAACAAUGUUGUCUCUGCAAAUCACCUUCUUGUUGGUGGUGGUUCUUUGUCUCCUUGUUGCAAGUGCAGAUGUGAGCAAAUAUAAAGGUGACAAUUACACGAUGAAGUGUCCACCUCAUGCAGACGCACUGGGUGUGUCUCUGUUCACCCGACGUUCGAUCAUGCGCAAAGUCUUCUACUACAAUUUCAGUGAAGACUUAUUAACUCCCCACAAAGACUACGAGGGACGUGUAAAAGUCAAAAAUGACAAGAAAACUAUAACUAUAGACAUCUUUAAUCUAGAACUGGAAGACACUGGGUCUUACUGGUGCACCUACACGUGUCCUUUUGACGAUUGUGAAAUGGAUGAUUCAGGUGUUUUUCUUUUGGUUCAAGACCCACAAGAGACCAUCCCGUCCUCUUCCAAAAGUGCAAAGUCCAAUGGCAUGAAUGAUUUACUGAUACCAGUGGCGGCUUUGACAGCUGGCAGUGUGCUCUUGCUGUUAUUCCUUGUGCUUGGAGUGUGGAUGGUGCCUAAGAUAAAGAAACUGAUGAGAGAUCAGAGAGGAGAAGAGAAAAGGUCUGGCAAUGAAGUGUACGAGGUCAUGACCAUUCCCCGAAGGAGAGACUUUACAUGAUACAUCCACAUAAAUAACAACCAGAUAAUAUGCAGUUGGUUAGUAAAUUCGACAUUCAGUACAUAAUAUAUUCAGUGUUAUACCUAUUGCACUGUAAAUCAUUCAGUCCAACUAAACUUUAAGUUCAGACUGAUUUGAGGUUGGCUUUCUGACGUAUUGCUGUUGAAAUUAUAACAUUUAAAGAUUCAGAGAAAUUAAUUCCGUCCUUAUUUUUUAAUUCUCAAUCUUCUAUCCUCUGUAAAGAAGAGUUAUGUUUGUUUCCACAGUUUUACGCGAUAGUUCGAAUACUUUUGCAUUAAAUGAGCGAUUCAGUUUGGACAGUUCCCAUUUUGAUACUUUAGUUGUUGGGUUAUAAACAUAUAUUUGUAACGUGUGACUUGUGUGUAGGCUAGUGCAGUGUAAAAUCUAACAUUGUUCUUACUAAGAAUUUUUUGUUAACUUUACUUAAAGUGCAAUAAUUUGUUGAACUUACUUAAAAUUUCUUAGUAAUCUGUACUGUUUGCAUGUGUGCUUUCGUUACU